AUGUCGCCUCGAAAGGGUAUGCGUCAUGGACACACAACGACCUGGAAGCUUCAAAACUUGGACCCAGAUUCAAUCCUGGGGGAGAGUCCCAGACAAGAUAGACGACCUACAGGAAUUGGAAGCUACGAGUUCAAUCCUGUAUUUCCUAAUAUCAUCACCCAUUCACAAUAUGGCUACAGUCUGGUCAUGGAAAGUAAAAGGUACACUUUUACCUCCUGCGGGAAGCAGAGCGGUCAGACCAACUUGUUCAAUUUAUUCAACGCUUUUGACAUCACGACCUGGGUUCUUAUUGGCAUCGUCAACAUUUCGGUCGGAUGUUUUGCACUGUUUAUAAUUUUCUGGGAGGAAAGUAAUAAAAAUAAAAAUGUGGUUUCCCCUUUCCGUCACGAUGGUUACCAAAUGAAGCACUCCCAUUGCAAUUUUUCACAGUAUAUACCACGAAUACUUGUUGGAUUCAGACUUGAACUGGGGCAGGGCACUGACUCACUAGCGGAUAAGGAAUUGAGAAAAUAUUGGAAAGCGAUCCUUCCCAUGUUCCCCUUCCUUUUGGCAACAAUUCUUCUACCAAACUCAUUUAAAGGGGACAACAUCAAAAAUAUAAUUACACCCGAUGCUGAUGAACCCUUCAAAAAUUUCGGUGAAGUUCUCCAUAACAAAUUUGUAUUCUUCUCAAAGGAAAUCCAAGUUAGUUAUGGGAAGUUAGGUGCCUCCCGGGGUACAGAGUUCCACUAUAUCAUGUCCGGAUUACUUGGACCUACGCAAACCUAUGUGUCUGAAAUUGCCCCACAAGACUAUCAGGAAAUUACCUCUAACCUUCUGUCUCACACCAAAUUGUACACCGGGAAUGCAAAACAGAUACUUUCAACGGCCAUGGACAAGGAUGGACUGCACUGCCCCAAGCUUGCCAUGAUCGGUUGGGUUGAUGAUCUUCGUUUAAUACAAGAGGAAUUUAAUCUUUUGUACCAGGCAAAGUCGGGGAUAAAUGAUAAGAAGAUCUCAUUUGUGCUAGGGCAGCAGUUUUUAUUUACGCAGUUGGAAGGUUGGAAAAUAUCACAUGUUGUGGACGACACGGUGCAGUGGAGGGUUCAGGAUCUUAAGGAGUUUGGAUUUCUGAAUAAAAUCUUGUGGUAUCAGAAUCAAAGCGAGUGGCUAAGUCGGCGAGGUGAGUUGAAAUCGUUGCCGGUUGGACAGAUUGCGAUUAAUAAAGGAGUUAAACUUGAUAGCAAUAUGAAACACGUUUUUCGAUAUUUUUUCGUAUUUGAGAUCGGGAUCUUCAUUUUAGCCGGGGUUGCAUUUAUGGUAGGGAAAUUAAAUUUGAUUUACUCCUAUAAGCAGAAAGACGUUGGCACGUUUACGCUCGGGAUCGAUUUAGGAACGAGCUAUUCUCGCGUCGGCGUGUUUCGGAACGGGCGUGUCGAAAUAAUUCCUACCGCCGAAGGAAAUCUGAACUUCCCCUCGUACGUGGCCUCCACACCGGAAGGGGAACGACUGAUCGGCGACGCGGCAAAAGUUCAGCUCACGGGAAAUCCACGAAACACCGUGUUUAACGUGAAACGUCUCAUUGGUCGGAAAUGGCGAGAUCCAGAAGUUCAAGCUGAUAUUAAAACGUUCCCGUUUGAAGUCAUUGAAAAAAAUGAGAAGCCUUGCAUCAAGUUUGGAACGGAUAAGAGUUUUGCUCCGGAAGAAAUAUCGGCCAUAAUUUUGGCCAAGAUAAAGGAAACAGCAGAGACUUAUCAAGACCAGAAGAUUACCCACGCCGUGAUAAGUGUCCCCGCUUAUUUCAACGAUGCUCAGAGGCAGGCAACUAUCGAUGCCGGUGUGAUUGCUGGAUUAAUCGUGACCCGUUUGAUAAACGAGCCCACGGCUGCCGUGAUUGCGUACGGGCUUGAUAAACACGGAGGAGAAAAGAAUAUCUUGGUUUUUGAUUUGGGUGGGGGCAAACUGGACGUGUCCGUGGUCUGCAUUGAUCACGGGGUUGUUUUCAAAGUGGUCUCCACUAAUGGGGAUACUCACCUGGGCGGGGAGGACUUCGACCAGAGGGUCAUAGACCAUUUCAUUCAAUUGUAUAAGGACAAGGGAAAGGAUGUGAGAAGAGAUGAUCCAAAGGUUCAAAAACUUCGUCGCGAAGUGGAACGGGCGACACGCACUUUGUCCUCCACUGAAGCAAUUCUUAUAGAAGUUGAAUCCUUUUUCAAUGGUGAAGACUUUUCAGCAACUUUAACCCGAGCAGAAUUUGAGAAACUUAACAUGGACCUGUUCCUAUCCAUGAUAACACGGAUACGCAAAGCAUUACAGGAUGCCAACAUGCGGAAGGACGAUAUCGCUGAAAUUCUCCUGGUCGGUGGGGCUUCCCGUAUGCCGAAAAUUUGGGAAUUAGUUAAAGACUUCUUUAAUGGGAAGGAGCCAAUCAGGGGAAUCCAUCCUGAUUUAGCCGUGGUUAAUGGACUCGCAUUUUGCGCCGGACGAUAUUCUGAUGAGCUGGAUACCGGAUAUUUCGUAUUCCUGGACGUAAAUCCCUUCGCCCUGGGGAUCGAGACCGUUGGUGGCUCAAUGUCGAGAAUAAUUCUAAGAAAUACUCUAAUUCCUGUCAAGAAAUCGAAGAGUUUCACUACUUCCAGUAAGGAUCCCGGGGUGAUUUUAGUGUACGAGGGAGAUUCGCAAAUCGCCAAGGAGAACCAUUUCCUCGGGAGAUUCGACAUCCCAGCCGCCGAGAAAGUUGGAGAGGAGCGAGAGAUUGAGGUGAUCUUUGAUAUUAAUUUUAGUGGAAUUUUACACGUUCGUGUGCUGCAGGGUUCGGUGCUGAUUUCGCUGCACAUUCCAGAGGGACAACAAUAA